CCCGCCGGCGGCUAGCGCCGCCGCCCGCAGUCGCUGUCCGGGCGGGCGUGGGAGCAGAGCAGCAUGGCGUUGUCGGUGCCGGUGAACGGGCUGGAGGACGGCGACAAGGAGCCGCUCAUCGAGCUCUUCGUCAAGGCUGGAAGUGAUGGUGAGAGCAUAGGGAACUGUCCUUUUUCACAGAGACUCUUCAUGAUUCUGUGGCUCAAGGGAGUGGUAUUUAGUGUCACAACAGUUGACUUGAAGAGGAAACCAGCAGAUCUUCAGAACUUGGCUCCAGGGACGCAUCCACCCUUUAUUACUUACAAUGGUGAAGUGAAAACAGAUGUGAACAAGAUUGAAGAGUUCCUUGAAGAAGUCUUGAGUCCACCCAAGUACUUAAAGCUUUCACCAAAACACCCAGAAUCAAACACUGCAGGAAUGGACAUCUUUGCCAAAUUUUCUGCAUUUAUCAAGAAUUCCAGACCAGAAACUAAUGAAGCCUUGGAGCGUGGUCUCUUGAAAACUCUGCAAAAACUGGAUGAGUACCUGAACUCUCCUCUUCCCGAUGAGAUAGAUGAGAACAGUAUGGAAGAUAUCACUGUUUCUACUCGCAAGUUUUUGGAUGGCAAUGAGAUGACAUUAGCUGACUGCAACCUGCUGCCUAAACUACACAUCGUCAAGGUUGUAGCCAAAAAAUAUCGCAACUUUGAUAUUCCCAAGGAAAUGACGGGGAUUUGGAGAUACCUGACCAAUGCCUAUAGCAGGGAUGAAUUCACCAACACCUGUCCUGGAGAAAAAGAGAUUGAAAUAGCUUACAGUGAUGUAGCCAAGAGACUCACUAAGUAAAUGGCCCUUGCAAGAGAGAUGAUUUCUUACAUAUUCCAUAACAAUGCUUCUAACAGACUGCUCUUUUCAUAUAAAAUAGCAAUUUAUUUUGCAUGAAUUGGCGGUUAUUCAAAGUUAUGACGGAUAGACCAGGUACAGUAAUUACCUAAAAUUUGCAAACUUUUUAGUUUUGAAGCUAGUUUUUCUUCAGCAGCAAGUCUGAAAAUGAAUACAGUUUAUUUAAUGUUGCAUUGGGAUAACUCUAGACUCUCUGACAUGAGGGAUUACUUUUGCCCUGUUGCUUUCAUUUAAUUGUAGAUAAACUUGAAAACAUUUGGUCCUUGCCUAUGAAGAGAAACUUUGGGGUUUAUUGAUUGGUUCAGGAUGCUCUUUCUUAUGGUACAAGGAAUAUUUAUGUAUGUUGGAAUUUACUGCUUUUCAGAAGUUCUCCUCAUAACUGUUUAUCUUGUCUGCAGCAUAUUGAACUGUACCUGUUUGUCUAUCCCAGCUGUACACAAGGGGAUCUUAUUACUCAAAAGAGCCUUUUGCAGAAACUUGACAACUGUUUUUCAACAAAAGGGGGGAAAAUUAAACUGUCGAAUUAAACCAUGUAAAUGAACCCAGUCAGGCUCCCUGGAUUUGAAUGCCCUGCACUUCUGGGGAGUUCAGAUCUAGGUCUGGAUACUAUCCAGGGGAGCCUCACUCCUGCUGCAGUUGACCAUGCUUAUCUACAGGCUUUCUGAAGCUGGAUGAAUGUUAGAAGUGGCUUGUUCCUCAGUGAUGACCUGAAUUUGGCUGCUCAAAAUUUACUUUUGAGCCGUUGGUCAGGAUGUCAUUCUAACUAGCAAACCAAAAGAGCUAGGAACUUGCUAUCAGUUCAUUUAAGAACUGCAAGUGGCUUUCUUUGCAGUAGUUAAGAACCUUUUGUUCUGUGCAAGUCUUUCAGGCAAUAUUUACCUAGGAAAACUGCUCUCAUAAAUUGUGUAAACUUCUAAGGUUCUAAUGGACAAAUAGCUACUGUAUGUGAUGAAUAGUAGUGCAAUGAUUAGCAAUGCCAGACUGAACCAUUGCAGCAGUUAAAGUAGGGAUCUUGCUAGGAACUCUAUUAGAAAUUUUUCUGAAGCUUGUUGAAGUGACCUUUAAAAAGAAUAUUUGCCUUAAUGUACAAUAUGCAUUUUUACUGAAGGGGGGAAAAAAACCCUUCAUUGAUUUUAGUUUUUAAAAGAAAUGGUGCACAAAGUUCCAGCAACUUAAACCUAGAUUUAUCCCUUUACUGUCACUGACCUAUGUACCUGGACUGCGAUUUUAUAUAAACGUUAAUCAUUGCACUUCUAUACAUUGAGUCUUUCUCCAGCAACACUGAGGAAUAGCACUGCAUUUUUUUUAAAGUGAUUUUCUAAACUGGGGAAUGGUUUUCUUGCUUAAAACAAAACAAAGUUUUGAUGCAUGUAAUAAACUACUAUCUAAUUUUUAAAGGGUCAACAGACACUACUCCAAAGAACAUUAGAGAUAUAAGCCUAUUUUUUUGUAAUGAUACUUUUUUUUAUAUUUAACUGAUUUUUAGACGUCUGGAAAGUGCUAUUCCUUCUAGGUUUUUUUGGAAAUAAUUAACAUAUUGCAAUAACAUUAAAAAUGCUCACAUAAACCUACUUUUAUACACUAACUUUUUGGUAAGCACUGGCUUGAUGACAAACAGCCAAACUUUUCUAAGCAUCCUGCUUUUGCUACUUUAUAUACUCAUAAAGUUAGCUUGAAAUAGGAAGUGAUAGAGUAAAAAUUCCAUAUUUGUAUACAUGGCUUGUGGUGCCUUUGUCUUGCCUUCCUAGGACUAGAAUUCCAAUACAGUAACAGCUCAGAGUUGUUACCAGUCUUGUCAGAGACAGUUGAUAUGCUUAAACCUUAUUAUGUAUAUUACAAAAGUGUUCAGGCAUGUGAAAGGAAAUACUACAGAGCAGCCUGGGUAGAAAUAAUUUAAUUGUAGCCUUUCUAGAUUUAUUGUAUCCUAACUGCACGUUCGCACCAUGAAUAAAGUUUGUUUCAGCAGUAAUAAUCCUCUUAGGGGUUUAGUGUUUGCCAGUGUGACAUCCAGAGAAGGGAAUGAUUUUCAUUUUGCCAGGUUAAAAUAUGGGUUGGUUUAUAUUGAAACAACAAGCUGGUAUGUACAGCAGAAUGGAAGCUUAUUGAUGGGGUGCUUUUUGUCACUGUAUAGUUCUUAAAAAUGGAAAAUGGGGAGCAAUUUAGGUGGAUGUGAUCUAGUCCAGAGAAGGCCUUAAAUCAAGGUGGUAAUCUUAAAUUGUUUGAAGCUUAAUUGAGAGAUUGGACCCUAUUUUCUAACUAAUUAGCGCUUGUUAUAUACACAAUUGAUAUAAUCGGGUAAGCAUAUGCACGUGAUCACAAAACACAUUUUCAUGCAGUAAUCCAUUUGCUGUUUUAAUUGUGCUCACAUAAUUAAGAUCAGACGUACAGUUUUCAUGCCUAAUUUGUCAGAGUAUAAACCAGCCAUGCUUUAUAACUUUUCUCAAAUCUUUCUGGUCAAUCCUCAAACUAUGGAUGUCCAAUAUAAUAUACUAUAAUUAAUUUUAAAAGUUAUGGCUAAAAGCUUAGAAACAGCUUUAAAGCUCUUGCUGUCUUUGGCAUUCACUAAUGUAUUUCUUAUUACAGUGAAGUGAGUUAUUGAUCAUCAGGGACCCUUUCCCUUGUAGGCCCAGUUCACGCAAGGACCAGGUUAGUAGUAACAAAGGACUUCGCUACGUUUCUAAUUUCCUGGUAGAUGCAUAUCUACGUCAUGGUGCAUCACGAGUACCAGCCUGCUUGUUGGUGACUUCAGCAUAGAGACCAAGAAUGUAAUGGGAGAUGGAGCAUCUUUAACUUCCAGACGUGAUCUCUUCAGGUUAGAACAGUGCAGUGUUGAGGGGUGGUAUAUUGAAGUGCUAGCUGCCUGUGCUAGAUGGGUUUUUUGGAUAGGUCAUUUUAAUCUGGCUUCAAUCAUCAGCACUGUAUUAUUUAAAGGUCCUUUCACAGCCAUGUAAAUUCUUGGCUUCUGCCAACGUGUUUACAAAUCUGAUCUUUGAAAGUUACAACUCAGUGCAUUUUAAACAGCAACCACUCUGCCCCCUGUUUAAUUUUAACUGAUGCUCCUAGCCCCUUCUACGACUUCUAAGGAGUAACUGCUGUUUUUUGACUAGGCAUUCCAGUUUGUAAGUUGGCUGCAUGCAUUGGCAUGCUGAAUACUUCGUUUUCAAUCUGAAAUAUUGUAUACUCCCAUUAAAACAUGAUUAUGCAUGUUCCAUAACCCUUAUUAAUGGGAAACCUGCUGUUUUCUCCCUACCCUCUUUGGUGAAAGAACAGAUAUCAUGUAGACUACACACAUUUAACAAAGCCUUUUUGAAAAAGCUUCCUAUGUAGUACAGAACUGCAUGUUGAAAAAGAUGCGUGUGAACUCUUUGAGUGAUUUCGUGCACUCCAAAACUUUCCUAUGCAUCUAUUGUUUGUUGACGCUGUGAAUGUCCCAUGUGGAAUGCUAUAGACAUGUAGUUUGCACAUUCACAUUUUCCCAUAAAAUUGAUGUUUUUCUGGAAUGGGCAUGUCUAAACCAAUUGAACUUGAUAAGAGAGAUUUAAUCAACUUUUUAUGCUGAAGUAGCAGAUUAGUUUUUCAUAUCAAAGGAACACAGACAAAUGAACAAACGAUAUCUUGAGCCAAACCCUCUGAUUCGUAUCUCCAGGCAAACCAAAUGCUGGCUAAGUACAGUCAAUUUACAUGCUUCAACUUACAUACUGUUCAGAUCAUUAUUCAGAUAUGUCAAAUGAAUAUCUUCACAAUUUAGACUUUAUCUCAAAUUAAAAACAUUUUAACCCCAUCAAGAUUUUGUGCCACUAAUUGUUACAUUUUGUGUACGGGGAAUGGUGGAGCAGGACAGAGUAUAAACUCUAGGGACAGGACAGCUGGAAUUGGAGCUGUAUUGAGGAAAUACUUGAAGAGUCGAUACAAAUUAUUGUAGUAAGCUUAUCUUUCACUCUCUGGAACAUCUUUUACAGGUAUACCGGUAUACUGCUGGCAGCUAUUGUUUAAAAAAAAAUAAAAUUUAUAUUUUCACUAUCAA